GAGUUUCGAUUUGGAUCAACAGCCGCUGGCGCUCGCCCUAACCACUGCCGCAACCACCGCGGACACCGACUACAAAACCACCGGACUGUUAACGCCAAUUGCUGCUAGUAGUGGCGGCGGCGGUGGCGGAGGCAUCAUAACCAGUUCGAUUGCGAGCGGCAUUACCCUACAAUUGGAUGCGCGCGCCUAUGCGAUGGCCUCCGUUGCCGUCGCCCUUGAACAUCAGCAGCAACUGCAGCAACAGAAACAGCAUCACCAGCAACAACAGCAACUACAGCAACUACACCAGCAGCUGCAGCAAACGCCUCGCGACGCCACCGACGAUGAGGUGGAGCUGUAUGCCAGCUUCGAUAUGGCGCCCAGCACCAGUCGCGUCGCCGCCCAAAUGCAAGCGGCCAAGGAGGCCAGGCGCAAGCGUUGGGCCGCCGACGGUGCCAGCGGCAGCAGCGACGGUGGCUGCGCCAGUGGCAGCAGCGGCAGCGGUCGGCGUUACUAA